AUGGCCGAUGAUGACGAUAGCGAAGAAGAAAAUGGAAACUUGUCUUGUGGCAUUUCUUCCACUCUCAAUUAUGCUGAAGCUGAGGCUAUCGAGGUUCCUAUGGGAGAGCACAUCAUCAUGGGCUCUAAACCCGAUCAGAAGCUGGGGCGUCGUCAAGACAUCAUUCAAUUUGAUGACAAAAAGGCCAAUGAUGAGACUAUACCAGAAUGCUCUCCAACUGGAGGACACGCGACAUACCACAUGUCGCCAAGAUGGAAGUCAACCGGUUGGGUCCGUUGGCUUACCGGAAAUUGGGGUAAUCAGUCGACAAUAAGAAGAGAAUUGACGAAUAAAAGUAGAGAGGAGGCCGCUGAGGAGAAAUGUUGGAGGGAAGAAUUGCGAUACGAGGACGAUGAGAAUUUGUUACCGAUAUGGGAAGCGAGCAUUAACGUCGAAUUGAUCGAGUAUGUGUAG